GUUGCUUAGCAGCCUUUUACAACACAGAGCGCGUAAAGAUGGAGUACAGCACAGCAUCCCGUUUCCACGAUUCUGUAACACAGUUUAAAGUCUACGAAGAUUACCUUGACUCCAAAGUCACGCCAAUGGAUUUAUUUUACUUAAAAAGCAGGGAGUUGGCCCGUAAGAUGGUGGAACACGGCCACAAGGGCACAGUCCUGAGCAGGAAGGAAUUUGAGGAGAAGAAAGCAGCUGCACAGGCUGCAGAGGCUGCGAAGAGCAACAGUUUCUAUAACAGGAGCCGGCCAAUGACACUGGCAAGUGCAGGAAAAGAACUCAAAGAUAACUUCCUGAAAGCCCUGGCAGAGCGAGAGGAGGCCAACCGCAGUGGGAAAAUGACUUCGGUCAUUUUCAUAAGGGAUCAUAAUACUCUUGGACAGGAAGUAUCUGGCUAUAUAGACUACGCCCACAGACUCAAGACCCAAGAUUUUGAACCAUAUUUCAGCGGAAAGAAGAGGCUCAUGCCAGGGCGCUCGGAUUUAUGCUACUACAACUGGAAGACACAGGUGUCCACGUCCAACUCGAGCCCUAACUUUGAGGUGAUUUAUGACGACCCUAACGGCCUUCUCUUUAAGAACAAGAGGGACAAAAAGAUCUUAAAUGUGGACCCUUUGUCUGGCCCUGGUGAGGACUCCAACAGGACAUUCCUACAAUCGGAUCUCUACAUCCAUGUCGUCAUCUAUGACCACAACAUCAGGACAGUCUAAGCUUCAGAGGCUGCUGCCGACACAUUCAUACAUAUGGCACAUAUUGGAGAGCACUGGAAGCCUCUAAUUUGACCGAGUUGCUGUACAGUAGUUGCACCACCAUUUACAAACUGUUGCCCUCAUAUCAUGCAUGCCAUCUGGGUGGAGGUGCUGCAGUGGAAAAAAAAUGGCUUUAAACUGAGGAUUCCCAGAGGUAAGAAGUGGAUGGACCAGUGUGACAACUUGGAAGUUUCCUUGCAAAUAACCUGAGAUUUGAUGUGUUACUUCAGAUUUUGGGACAUUUCCCACCUAUGUAAAUGUAACAUAGUUUUACUGUAAAGUUCUUUGGCCUUAUUUAAUCCAUUUAGUAAAUACCCAGUUUGGCUGAGUUUUUUUGGCAUUCCCUGAAGGAAUGGAACCUGCUCGGGGACCCUGGGAUCGUCCCAUCGUUUGGCCUGGCAUGUUUUGGGCUGUUUGUCUAAACAAAUUAAAGGCGUAAGAGCUUUGAAAGAUGAUGGGGGUUGCUUUUAUGUCCUCCCCUAGGCUGUGGUAGCUCCAAUUGGACUGGAAGAAUGGUUAAUGGCCUUAAAGCAUUCCGCAUGUUCCCAGAUUCAAGGCACACUUUACAGGACAUCAAAGUGCUCUGUUAUUUACAUAUUAGUCAUUUACUAUGGUAUUUUUUUAAAUGGAAGACAACUUUACAAAUAACCUGCUUUAGAAAUGAUUUAGGAAGUACAGAAGACUUGUAGUAGACUUACACUUUUUUGCAUUUGUUAUUGAAACACAUGGUAAAAAUUCAGCCCCACCACAAGUAACAUUAUCUAUGUCUAUAAGCUGUGAACAACAAAUUACAGGGUCUUUGUUGUUAAAUUAAUUGUCUGUAGACUCUGCAGACACCUAUUUGGGAGGAAACACUUAUACCAUUCAGUCAAAAGGAAACAUCCUGCACAGGU